AUGGCAUCAGGAGGCCAUGGGAUGAGGGGUAGAGGGGAACCCCUCCACGCACCCCACCUCUCUGACAUCUACGCCAACAGUGCUAUCCAGCAACAGGACUAUUCUGCAACCAUCUGGCUCCGCAGCAAAGAGAAGCUGGAACAUUCUCAGCAGAAGUGCAUAGCCAUCUUUGCUCUGCUGUGCUGCUUCGCUGUGCUGGUGGCUCUCACCUUCUCCGCUGUAGACGUCUGGGGGGAGGACGAGGACGGACUCACAGAAGAGAACUGUAACAGACACUGUCGCAUUGUCCUUGUGGAGAACAUUCCGGAGGACCUCCCCCUUUCCGUAGAUGGUACAACCCACGUGCCCCUCUCCACAGGCCUCAACAGCCUAUUGGACCAGGCCAAGCACUCAGUGGAGGUGGUAUCUCCGGUCUGGAACCUCAACUCAUGGGACCAAGAGACAUGGCCCAACUCUGGCAAACAGGGCCAGCUUCUGUUCCAGAGACUGCUCAACCUCAAGACUCGGGAGGUUAAAUUGAAGAUUGCCAGCAGUCUCACAGACUCUGCUGAACUGCAGAAACUAACAGAGCAUGGUGCCGAUGUUCGCUUUGUGAAUAUGUCAGCUCUGACCGGAGGCGGACUGCACUCCAAUUUCUGGGUUGUUGAUAGGAAGCAUGUGUUCAUUGGCAGUGCCAGCAUGGACUGGAGAUCACUGUCCAAGAGGAAGGAGUUGGGGGUGAUGGUUUAUAACUGCAGCUGUCUGGCUAUAGACCUCCAUAGGGUCUUCUCCUUUUACUGGCAGCUCCAGUACAGAGACUACAUCCCUUCUAUCUGGUCCAAGAGAGUCACGGCCCUCUACGGCAAGGACAGCCCUGUAACGCUGUACCUCAAUGAUACAGAGGUUACCGCUUAUGUAUCGACCUCUCCUGACCUCUUCUGUCCUAAGGAUCGGGCCAAGGACAUAGAUGUCAUACAGCAUGUGAUGCAGGAUGCCAAGUUGUUCAUCUACAUCUCUGUCACAGACUACCUUCCACUACUCAUCAAAACGUCUGGAGGGUCUUUAGUUUCAAGAUACUGGUCUCCUAUCGAUGAGAUGAUACGUGAGGCUGUGGUCCUGAGAGGGGUCAAAGUUCGUAUGCUCAUUAGUUUCUGGAAGCAGACCCACCCGCUCACCUUUAACUUCAUUAUGUCCCUCAAGUCACUGUGCAUGGAGCUGGCCAACUGCUCCCUCGAAGUGAAGUUUUUUAGCCGGAGGGAGCAGAUGGCUAAUAGUCAACCAGGAAUCAACCACAAUAAGUACAUGGUGACCGACAGUGCUGUGUACAUAGGUAAUCACGACUGGGUGGGGAGUGAGUUUGCCUAUAACGCUGGGACCGGACUCGUCAUCAAACCAACACACACUCUCAAGGAGAGGGGCGCCACAAUCCUAGAGCAGGUGAAGGCUGUAUUCGAGAGAGACUGGCAUUCGCGCUACGCUAAAACCCUACAGGCCAGUAAUAGGACUCCGGAGGGUAGCAAAUACAGGAACCUCCACAACAACCAGAGGUCAAGAGUCUGACGGAUAACAAGGAGGGCAAAGAGACCUGGAAUGAGUCUAACGACCCCUAUUAAUAAGCUAUCAGCACAACUUUCCCUUUAACUUGUCAUGAAACAAAGGUGUAUUCACUAGGAACUAAACGGACGCAAACAGGCCGAAAGGGGGUGGGACCGAGUUAAAAUUGUACAAUAUGAAAAUCUCGUUUUGCUGCGGUUUGCUGUGGUGUGUACUAAUGAAGACACCCCAUGUUUGAUGACAGCCAAAUAUGGAUUAUGCUGAAGAUGCACAAAUCUGGUUAUGUGGACCAUUAUAUGCAUUAUUAUACGCAUGAGCGGCAUGGAGGUUGAACAUAAAAGACUAUUCUAAUGGUG